UCACUACUAAUUCAAACUAGUAGUAGUUUUUCCCUUGGUUAAGACGGUGCUAACUAUUGUACAAUUAGCACCGUAGCCGUUCACAUUCUCUCUCCCCUUCUUCCGAGAGCUUACGUCCCCCAACCAGCUGCCUCUCUAAUAAUUGCCUCCCUCGUAAUUGUGUGUCCCCCAAUUAUAGCCGCCAACUCCUUCCCAAAAAACCAAAAAACCCUUUCCCAAGAUUCCGUCCAAACCCUCCAGCUCCCAAUUCCUUCCGUCCCAAAAAUAUAUUAGCCCCCAAAAGAAGGGGUCGGUUAGCAUGCUAACCCCCUUAGAGGUUGGAAAAAUGACACCCCCUAGUAUAUUAAAUACAACUAUAAUUAAUACACAAUAAUUAAUACACACAUUAAAUACACAUUAGGAAUUAAAUGUACCAUAUUAAUUAGGAAUUCUCUCACAAUUAAAUACACAUUAGGAAUUAAAUACACACAUUAAAUACACAUUAGGAAUUCUCUCACUAUAUUUGAUUUUUCCUUUUUCAGCAGUCUCCGACCACCAGACUUCCUCCGACCGCCACACUUCUCUGGUGAAAAUCCCAUCGACAGACUCCCUCCGACCAUCUCCAAAAAAUAUACCACUGCACUGAUACGGUGUACCACUGUACUGGUAGAUAUACCACUGCACUGAUACGUUGUACCACUGUACUGGUAGAUAUACCACUGCACUGGUAGCGAUAUCAGUGCACUGGUAGCAAUGUCAUAUCUGAGUAUCAGUGCAGUGGUACAAAUACCAGUAAAGUGGUAAUUAAUGUGGUGUAUUUAAUGCCUACUUUGUAUUAAAUAACAGAACAUUUAUUAUGUUUACUUUCAUUAAUACUUGUCAAUAAUUAAUGAAAAAUUGACCAAUUAAAAGGGGGGUGUCAGAAAACCAACCCCUUAAGGGGUUAGCAUGCUAACCCGUCCCCCAAAAGAAUUAUUCCGACCCCUUGCUGCCGUCCAAUAUUGCCAAAAGCAAUUCUCGUUCCCCUCGGCCCGUCCAAAAAAUCCCCUGGCCCAUGUCAUUAAUCCCCAUCCAGCUGGGCUUUAAGCCCAGCAUUCGAGAAUUGUUUGCCGGUGCAACUUCUUUUUCGUGUUUUCUUCACCUGUAAUACAUCAAACUCAUGGUACUAUGCACUAAUGGUUUUUCAACCAUUUUCGGGUUAGCAAGCCCUAAAAUAGCACCAAUUGGCUAAAACAUACCACAGAUAAUCACAUAAAGUCCAAGAAUCCGAUAUAUUAAAGCCGAAUAUCACUCGGCCUCCCAUUGCCUACUCAAUUCAGUUUCCAACCGGGUCACCUCUUGCCAGUCAAUAGGAUGAAUGUCUUUUAGCCGAUCAAUCUCACCUUGCAAGGUAUGAAUAUUUUGCAGAGAAUUUGUGGUACUAGCUCUGGUCCAAUCAUACAACAAAUGGCGGAGUUUCUUCAGCUUUUCCCAUAAUUGGAACAUUGGGGUACCAGAGAUGUUUUCUUGCCAAACGUAUGCCACCAUAGCUUUGAAUUCGAGAUUGUUAUCCCAACGAGCAUCGAACCGAAAGAGAGGGCGACAACUCCGAGUAUAGGGCUUGUCCGAGAGUAGCAAAGCUCUAUUAUCAGAUCCCUGAUCCGUGAAGUGCUUAACUAGAGUUUCCGAAUAUCGAUCUAUCCAACUCUGAGAACAGAGAGCCUUAUUGAUAGACCAUUAAUUUCACAUGUUUUUAACCCUAUUCUUGAGCCGUUUGAGAUGUUGAUUCUCGUGUUUUAAGAUCCUAGCACGUGAAUGAAGGUUUGGGAACGAGUUCGGGGUCGAUUGGACGAAGAUUGGACGUUUGGCGAGAAGGUGAGGAAGCCACACGGGCACGCCUAAAACUCCACACGGUCGUGUGACUUGGCCGUGUGGCACCACUUUGCACGGGCAAAUCACACAAGCUGUGUAUGGGACCCCUUGUGGCCGUGUGGAAAGUCCAGGGAGCUCGCACGGCAAGACUGGAAUACCACACGGCUGUGUGCCUCUAGCCGUGCAGCAUGCCUGAAGUCCACUAAUCGGAACGCGGUGUUUUGACAUCCACACGAGCAGACUGGAAAGCCACACAGCCGUGUAGCCUGGCUGUGUGGUCGGGAAAUUCUGGGUUUUAACCCAAUUUCGAGCCAAAGAGAAGGGAGAGUUGGGUUUUGGAUCCCAAACACCCAAGGGACGAACCAAAGAGAGAGAGGGCGAUUUGAGGGUAUUCUUGGAGUGGAAUUGGAGGAUUUCUUCUCUUUGGAAGCUCGAGGAACAAGCCCGGACUUGAAGACUGAUCAUCAGAAGAUUCUUACUGCAGUCUCUCUCUUCUCUAUGGAGUAACUUCCCUUCACUUAGGUUUUGAGGAACCCUAGGUAUGUUUGUUUGAUUGGAUGAUUGUAUGAGUACUCUUAUUUGAUAAUCUCGAGUUUAUAUUCAAUCUAUGCAUGUUUUCAUGAUUCAAUUCUGCUUUAGUCGAGAUUAUUUAUUCUGCUUUGAUCCUAUGAGAGCGAAUACCUGAUUAGGUCAAUAGAGCACCAUAGAUUGAUAGUAUUGGAUCGAUUGCUUUAGUCGAUGGUUGAUUCAAUGAUUUGUAUCGAUUGAGAAACUCAUUCGAUAGAGGGAAUUUAGUUCAAAACACCUUGAUCGGUUUUUCUAGAGAAGGAUACGUCCCUCUAGGCAAUUGACUCAAGAGGGCCUUGCUCCUUUAGUCGAGACUCAAGGUCUAGUUAAGGAUUCUCCGCAUUGUGAAUGAAAGUGAAACAGGUUAGAGAUCAUCAAUCAUUAAUCUGGCUAGUGGCUAGGGGGAAUCAUACCUAAGUCAGUUCCCAACCUGUAAUUAGAUUAACUUUAACUGUAGUUUGCUAGAGUAGUUUUAGUUCUUCCAUCUUAAUCUGGUUUGCUAGAUAAUGAACUGAAGCUGAGUAAUAGUAACUCUAGAGACCGUGGAUUCGAUAUUUAUUACUUGAGCCACUAUACUGCAGUCCCUUUCAUUGGUUACAAUUGGCCAUUGUUAGGAGUUGUGUCAUAGCGAGUCAAGUUUUUGGCGCCAUUGCCGGGGACUUUCUAGAUUAUUAGGAAAGGCAUAAGUUUGUUACUUUAGAGUUUUUAUUUUCUUUUCCACCCUUGAUUUUCACUUGGUUAUUUUUGUUUUUGUUGGUGCAGAUCUGAAUCAUGGAUCCUCAUGGCUUCUCCAAUCAUUGGGGGUAUCCACCACCAUCCGAGUGGUAUUACCCCGAGACUCCCUGGAGCAAUCAAGGAGGAGAAGACUAUGGAUUCGAGUUCCAUUACCAACCCCCUUACUACGGAAAACAAUCAGACCCUUGGGCAUGUCAAGAACAACCUCAUUACCAAGAAGAAUUUCUCCCACAACCCGAAGGGCUAUCGGAGCUGGAGUUACCCAUGGCGGCCUUCACAGGCCAUUCUGUUGAGCUAUGCUACACUCCACAGCCAGAUCCAAACUAUGAAUUGAGGCUUCUUAUGGAGCAGUUCGCUCGAGACAGUGAGAGAUCAUGCUCCAGGAUGGAUCUUUGUACCCAAGCCUAUCGUGAAACAGAGGAGAUCCUCAUGAUUAAGAAGAGCCUCGAUGAUCUUGAGAAAUCUUAUGCACAGCCUGAUCAAGAUCACCCUUCUACUACUAUACAAGAAGAGGAGGAGGAAGGCGAAGGCUACGAAGACAUUGUGGAGCACACAGAAGUUGUCACGGAGAGUUCCCGUGAUAAUCAUGAUCAUGAAUGUCCUGUCAUAGCUGACCACACCUUCCUACAUCCCACACUGAGCUUUGAAGAGGCGGGCAUGAGUGAGGAGAUGCAAGAAGAUCUAAUCAAAGAAAUUGCUUGGCGACUUGCCCUCCAAUCCGUGCCGGAAGAAGAAGAGCAAGAAAGGGUGCAGAAAGAAGUUGUGGAGGAUGACGAAAGUGAAGCAGAAGGAGUUCUUGAUCAUUUCCCAGGGGUGAUACCACAUGAAGAAGGAAGGGAGGUUGAAGAAGCAAUUAGCGUCCAGGCUGAGGACGGAGUUGAGGUGGAAGAGGCCUGCACUGGCCAUGAGUUACAUGUGAUAUCUCCACCAAACUUCGAGGAAUUGCUUAGCAAUGACCCAUUUGCAGUGUCUCUUUUCCAUACCACGACCACAUCGACAUUGGUCCCUCUUGGUGGACGCGAUGGUGGUCAAUCGAUGUUGUCAUAUCUGGUUUGGGGCAUGAGACGAGAGAAGCGAAGAAGUGGUCUCGAGGGUGGAGACUUUAUCUGCAUCAAGUGCAUGAGCAUUCAUCACCUGCCACACCACAUGCUCGUGACUUGAGACUCCACAUCAUCGACGAGAACCUCAAUUUCAAGGAGGUUUUGGGGUGGACCGAAACAUAGGAGCCAUCGUCCGACUCACGACGGGAAAGAAGUGCUGGUUGGGAUGCAACCCAACCAGUCGGUCUGCAUUUCUUUCUCUUUUUCUCCUCGGUUGAGUCAGUUUUGUUAUUUGAUUUUAGAUUCAAUAACUCAACCUUUGUGAGAUUUUGUGUGGUGUUUGUGUUCCGACUACUCUCUCCUUCUGGAAUGCACCGCCUGUCUCGUCCACCGUCAUUCACCCUUGAUCUGGUAACUUCGUUCUACCCUCCUUAUCUUUCUUCCAUUGAGGACAAUGUCGUGCUUAAGUGUGGGGGGUGUUUGAUUAUGUAUGCGGGUGAAUGUUGGGCUGUUUGUGUGCUUGGAGCCUAGUCCACUAUCCAAAAUUUUGAAUUUGAGGGCUCCAAGUACGUGUUUCCUUGCAAAUUUCCUUCUCAGUAUGCUUUGAAUAGACAGUCUCUAUAGUAAUGUGCAACCUAAGGAGGUAGUGUAGCACUAUGGAGGAUGUUAAAGUAUAAUAUUUUUCCUAUCUAACUCUCUGUUGUGCCAGUUGAUUUUGUGAAUUAGUGGAGCUAAGACCGUUCAAUUCAUGUGGUAAUGGUGACUCCGUUGGAAUUGUGUUAUGGACUCGUGUAUCGAAUAGGGUGCUCAUGUGGGAAAUGAAAAGCAGUUGGUCCUCCAUGUCGAAAUCAUUGAAAUCUUAAACAUGUGGUAAGCCCAAUGUGUGUGGCACCGUUCAUUGCACAAAAUCGGGUUUUGGAAGAGAUUUUAGUGAUCCUUAGUGGGGUACUCCAACAAGGUGAAGCUAAGUUGUCUCUAGUACAAGUAAAAUUUUCACCCGUUGAACGGUUUGCCUACUUGAUGAUGUGUUUUUAAGGGCACGGAUAGAGCUUCCGACCCCCCUUAAUUUCAUUGACCCUCCACACGAGUUGAGGAAAAGGAGUUAAAAGAAGUACUCAGGCGAGCGCCAGAUGUACAGAAAUUGCUCUUGCUCGACUAAUAAGGGUCGACCGUGCAAAAGACUGCAGUUGGAACCCCCGCCAAGUGAAUGAAAAAAAAAAAGAAUAAGAAAUGUAAAUGAAAGUG